GUCGUCGUCGUCGUCGACGUCUCUAUACCACCUCUUAUCACACCAUCCCAGGCGUCGUCGGCCGUUGACACGAUGGUCCGCCCGGCAUCCCGCAUCGCUCAGCCCCUGAGGCAUCGUCUCCAAUUUCAGCAGACGCGCUUUGCGUCCACGAACUCCAGCACUGAGGCUGCCCAAAAGAAGGCCCAGGACGCGUUCGCCUCCGCCCAGAAGUACGCGGGGCAAGCCGCUGAGAAAGGAAGGAAGUUUUUGGGCCCUGUUGGCGACAAGUUUGCCAACGUUUUCGGUGCUUACCGCGAGCCCCUUGCCUUCAACUUCCGGGUCGCACGCGAGUUCCUCAAGCAGAUCUAUGUCGCGGAGCGCCUGCAACCUCCCUCUCUGUCCACCGUUCAAAACGCGUACAACACAAUAUGGUCCCGUGCAUCCAACCUCUCGUACUGGAGGGAGAUCUUUCGCACCGGAGAGUACGCCAAGAUUGGUAUUUAUGCUUUAGAGGCGUAUGGUAUCUUUAAGGUUGGGGAAAUCGUUGGACGGAGAAGUUUUGUAGGAUACAACAUCCAGUAAUUGCACGCGCGAGGCCCUGUCUGUGCCGUCACAAAAUACACUUAGAGCUGAGGGCGUGUUCAGA